GAUCCCUAUCCACACGAAACCUGUUGCUCUUCCAUUUCACUAACUACCCUUCAAGAUUUCUCAGACAUCCCAAAGCCCCUCCCUCUCUCUCUCUCUCUCUCUCUGCGAGAAAGAAAACAAAGAGUAAGUUUCAUACAUCGAGAGAGAUCAGGGCCGGGGAUGGGGAGCAGAUGCCUUCAGGAAAUGCUUCAGGCGGCGGUGCAAUCCGUCCGUUGGACUUACAGUCUCUUCUGGCAAUUCUGCCCUCAACAGCGGGGGCUGGUGUGGGGGGAAGGGUACUACAACGGGGCGAUAAAGACGAGGAAGACGGUGCAGCCGGCGGAGGAGACGGCGGAGGAGGCGGCUGGGCAGAGGAGCCACCAGCUGAGGGAACUCUACCACUCUCUCCUCGCCGCCGAGGACACCAAGAGGCCUUCCACCGCUCUCUCCCCUGAGGACCUCACCGAGUCCGAGUGGUUCUAUCUCAUGUGCGCCUCCUUCUCCUUCCCUCCUCCUUCUGGGCUGCCGGGAAAGGCAUACGCAAGGAAGCAGCACGUAUGGCUGAGCGGUGCGAAUGAGGUUGACUGUAAGACCUUCUCCAGGUCUAUCCUCGCCAAGAGUGCGAAGAUUCAGACGGUGGUUUGCAUUCCCCUCCUUGAUGGCGUGGUGGAGCUGGGCACAACGGACAAGGUUGAGGAGGACCUAGGGUUUAUCUAUCACAUAAAGAGCUUCUUUAACGACCAACCUCCUCCUCCGGCGUCGAAGCCGGCACUUUCAGAGCACUCCACCUCCAACCCAUCCUCUCUCCCACCCACCAUCUCCUACUCGGAGCCCUUCGUCGAUGAUGCGGCUGGUAAGAGGGAGGAAGAGGGAGAGGUGGAUGAGGAUGAGGAUGAUGAAGAUGAAGAAGAGGAAGAGGUGGAUGAAGAUGAAGAUGAAGACGAAGAUAAUGAUGAGCCGAGUAAACUGAUGCAAGUAGAUACGAUGUCGACGGAGGAUUUACAGUUUGGAUCUCCAGAAGAAGUCUCUAACAAUCUCGACUCUGAUUUCCAUAUGUUGGCCGUCAGUUGUUCCCCAACUACCGCCGUCAAUGCAGUAGAGCCAUGGCCUGACCACCUUAACAGCACUCCUCUUCAGCCCCAUCCGAUAGAAUUGGAGACGACUAGGGAGGAUGAGGACAGCAACUAUUCCCUGACGGUGUCCGCCGUUCUACAGGCCCAGCGGUCCGACUUGUUCUCCUCGUUGGCGUGCGUCAGCCAAUCAUCGUUCGCCAGGUGGAAGAUGGAGGAUGCCUACCACACGACGGAGCGCGUGAGGAAUGGCGGCGCGUCGCAGAGUGUCCUCAAGUACAUCCUCCUGAGCCUCCCCUACCUCCAUGCGAAGCCCCGCAGCGGCUCCCCCCCCCCCCGGUUCAUAACGCUGAGAGCUAUGGUGCCUUUCGUCACCAAGAUGGACAAAGUCUCCAUCCUGGGCGACACCAUCGAGUACGUGAAGCAGCUCCGAGCGAGGAUUCAGGAUCUCGAGGUCCAUAGCCGCAUCAUCGAGACGGAGAAACAUAGUCAGAAGCGGAUGCGUCCGAGCCGGAAGAACCCAGAUUCGUCGGAGAUGGUGGAGGUGUCGAUCAUAGAGAGCGAUGCGUUGUUAGAGAUGAGAUGCGAAUACAGGGAAGGGCUGUUGAUUGAUGUUCUCCAAGUGCUGAGGGAGCUCCGCAUAGAGACCACCGCCGUUCAUUCUGCCGUCAACGGCGGAGUUUUCACAGCGGAGAUUAGGGCUAAGGUUAAGGAUACCUUGCGUGGGAAGAAAGUCACCAUCAUCGACGUUAAACGUGCCAUUCGCCAAGUCUUGCCUUAGCAAAUAUUUAUAUCCUCUCUCUAUAUAUGUAGUUCAUUGUGUAACGGAAUUCGCAGUAUGCAUAUGAUCAUUGAAAAACGGGAAAACUAUGUUUGUAGUCCAAAAAGGUACCUGUGUAUAACGUUAGCAUUGACUCGGAAUUCAUGCUCCCAUGUCAUGCUGUACGCAAACUUAGAAAGUGUUAUGAAUCUUUUGCAUUUUGCA